UCCAAAAUGGCCAUCGCAUGAUUUGUAUACAAAAAACAUUCCAAAGGCCGAAACAAUCGUUAGCAAUCAAGGUUAGGAUUUUAGUAUUUUCGUGUAUAAUUCGUGCUGCUGGAAUCGUUUUCAUUAUUUAUUAACAGGGCAUGCAAUAAGAGAAACUUAGAUGCCGGUACCAAGCAUGAAUCCAUCUUCUUGGGAGGGCACUCAGGCAAUGCUUAACCAAAGGGACAUGUCUGUAAUGAGACAAAAUCAAGGUACUCGAUCACAAGACGAUGCCAAUGUUGGAUAUUUAUAUCAGAGGAGUCAUAGUGAUGUUCCAAUGGGUGGUGGAUUCCCACACAAAAGAUGGGCAGUUGGUGAUGACAGCAUUCUUGAACAGAAUAGACAGAUGACCAGUGUACAAGAUCUUGAAAGACAGUUUCAAGGCUUGGCUAUGUCUCAAGGACUUGGCAGGCCUGAAAUGGGCCAUCAGUCCAAGAAGUUCUGGGACGAUGAUAUGCACAAAGGUGCAGGAGAUGGUCAGCACAAGAUGUUUCACCAAGGUUGGACUACAAGAGAUGAUACUUGGACCUACUCUGAACCAUCAAACCAGGUCGGUGUUAAUAUGGUGGAAUAUGUUCUUGGAGGAUCACCCAAUAAAUUAGAUGCUGGUGCCUUGAGCAGGAUUAAACCCUUUACCCAGUAUCCUCACCACCAGGUGCCCCAAGAUAACAGCAUGGGUGAAGAAAAGAAAAGCAAGACACCUUCUCCCUUUGAAGAUGGGCAAGGGGAUGAGAAUAAAGAUGGUAUGCAGGCUAAUGGUAUGAUAUCCAAUGGAAUUGACGAUGGUGCUUACAGAGGAAGCAGACAAACAUCUCCUGCUGAUGAGGAGAGGCAAGGCCCUGUAGGAAUAACUAUGGAUCCCCAAAAGCUACAUUUGCGUGAUGGAGGGGAUUUUCUUGAUAAUGGUCAGCCGCCUGUGGGUUUUGGUCUAGAUCAGCACCACCAAUUUGAACAAGUUGGAAUGGAUCAUCUUCAGUAUGGUGGGGAUUUUGGAGCCCAGCUUGUUCCAAAUAUGGAUAGUCCUAAUAAUUAUGGCAUGGAUUAUAGUCAGCACUUGAUGCAGAGACAGCAACAACCUAUUGCAAUGCUGGCCCCACAACAGCCUUUUGCUUUACCUGGACAGCAGCCUAUCGGGGUGGCAGGCCCAAAUCCUAUCACGCAAGGACCAUACGUACUAGCCCAGGACCCGUAUGUGGCGGCGGGCGUUCCGUUCGCAGGUGCAUCAAUGAUGCAUCAAUAUUAUCAGAUCCCCAUGAUGUUUCCGGCUGCAAACAUACCAAAUCUCAUACAAGGUCAGCAGACUCCACAAACAAUUCAGCAGCAACAGCAGCAGCAGCAGCAAAUGAUGCGCGGGCAGGCUGGGUCUCCUGCUCAAGCAGAUGCAUUUGGCUCAACUAACCAACUUUCCAGUCAGAUGCAAAACCAAGGCUACCAGUUAAUGACGCCUGCAUACAUUGAUCAAAAUGGUCAGAUAGUAAAUCAUAGACUACUUGGCCCUCAAGUCAGACUUGUAUCUCCUGCUCCUCUGUUGGUAAAUCCUGGACAGCAGCAAGGGGGCUCCACCCAAUUGGCUGCAAGUAAUCCGCUUCGCCUUCUAACUACACAAGGUCAGCAGACACCACCAGUAGCUAGCAAUACGCCAUCUUCAGGGCAAAACAAUGCCAUGGGUUAUUCCCCCACCAGCAGUUUAGGAUACACUCAAGUAACAACCAGUCUUUUCACUCCCAUUUCUACCAAUCUAGGAUUAACUGCUCCACAACAGAAUGGUUUUAGCAAUGGACUUGGUGGAUUGAGCUCUAACCCUCCUGGUACAAUCGGCCAGAGACGAGAGUCCUUUGAUAUGAAACGCCAGCAACCUUUGCCAGGUCUCACUGGUUAUUAUGCACCUUUGCCAGGCAUGGCUAGUUCUCCAGCUGGCAGUAUAACUAGUAUGAUGACAGGGGCACAGUCGAUGACACCACCGCCAUCUUUGUCAGGAUCUAAUUCUAAUCUUACACUAGGUUUGAACAUUGGAGGUCGACCAUACUCAGCAGCUCCAGGUGCUGAAGCAGCUAAAUUCAGAAAUCCAGGACUGGUGUCACCUGCUAAUGGAUUUUUUGGAAAUACUUUUUUUCAAAAUAGGACUAUGGCUUCUAGAAGUGCUAGCCUUUCUAAAGAAGUAACAGGACGAAGUCGCUUGCUGGAAGAUUUCAGAAACAAUCGUAUUCCCAAUUUGUCACUUAAAGAUUUGGUGAAUCAUGUUGUUGAAUUCUCCCAAGAUCAGCAUGGCUCAAGAUUUAUUCAACAAAAGCUUGAGCGAGCAACACCACAAGAAAAGAGUAUGGUGUUUGGUGAAAUCCUUUCAGCAGCAUAUUCUUUGAUGACAGAUGUAUUUGGAAACUAUGUUAUUCAAAAGUUCUUUGAGUUUGGCACACCAGAUCAGAAACAGACACUGGCUCAGCGAGUGAGGGGUCAUGUUCUUCCUCUUGCACUUCAAAUGUAUGGUUGCAGGGUUAUUCAAAAGGCCCUUGAGUCUAUUCCAGCUGAUAUGCAGGUUGAAAUAGUGAAAGAGCUAGAUGGGCAUGUGCUGAAAUGUGUUAAGGAUCAAAAUGGAAAUCAUGUCGUACAGAAGUGUAUUGAGUGUAUUGAUCCCAAGUAUCUGCAGUUUAUUAUUGAUGCUUUUAAAGGACAGGUUUACAGCCUUUCCACACAUCCAUAUGGCUGCAGGGUUAUCCAGCGUAUAUUAGAGCACUGUACAGCAGAACAAACAUCACCAGUUCUGGAAGAACUUCAUGAACACACUGAGCGUUUAGUUCAGGAUCAGUAUGGCAAUUACGUUAUCCAGCAUGUGUUGGAACAUGGCAGAAUGGAAGAUAAAAGUAAAAUAGUCAAUACCAUUCGAGGCAAGGUACUCCUUCUGAGUCAGCAUAAAUUUGCCAGUAAUGUUGUGGAGAAAUGUGUGUCUCACUCCUCCAGACAAGAACGAGCCAUGCUAAUUGAAGAAGUGUGCAACAUGAGUGAUGGCUAUGGCCACCACUCAGCUUUAUAUUCCAUGAUGAAAGAUCAAUUUGCAAACUAUGUGGUCCAGAAAAUGAUAGAUGUAGCUGAACCACCACAGAGAAAAGUGCUGAUGCACAAGAUAAGACCUCACAUUGCCACCUUGAGAAAAUAUACAUAUGGCAAGCAUAUCUUGGCUAAGCUAGAAAAAUUCUUUAUGAAGAAUGGCCCUGACAUGAAUCCAAUCACUGGAAUAUCUACCAAUGGGGCAAUGUGAAGAAACAGAUUUCUUUAAUGUCACUAACACUAUAGCUGAGUAACACCAUAGCAAUGCUUAGCUACAGACAAUAUGAAAAAAGUGCAACAAAUGAAUAAUCUUACACCAGAUUUGAGUCAAUGAACCUCAAUAUUGUCACAUCAAUGGUGUUAAUAAUAAUAUCUAUAGACACUUUUUAAAAAAAAAAUAGAUAUAGGCAUUAAACAAUUGUUACAUAUUGAUGUAUAUUAAAAAAAAAUAUAUGUGUGUAUGCCGAAUGUUAAAUAAACAUUUUUUUUUUUAAUUCAAAAAAGUAUUUGUUGAUGUAAACUAUUGUAGUUAGAGUGUGUUUUAAAGUAUUUGUAUUUAGCUUGAUAUUUUCUUAUGUAUUUGGACUCCAUGUUAAGUCUAGUUGAUAUAUUUUGUUGAUGUAUAAAAACUCGAGCCCCUUACCCUUUGUUCAGCUUUGUGUAUAAACCUGUAUUUAUGUAUAAACACUCUUGUUAGACAAGGUAUUUGUGUGUACAGUAGUUUUCAAUGUGUACAUACAUUUUUUUUUUCCUUUACAAGCGUCUUUUGUCUCUGGUUGUGAAAGUGAUCAGCAUAAACAUUUGAAUCAUUCAUGUUUUAGUUCAAAUUUAAACUUGAUAGACUCCAAAGAUUUGAUGAAUCCACAUUUACUUAGUAAAGGUUGCAUUAGGUGACACUAAAAUUCUAGUAAUAUUGUGGCAUGAAUCCAAUGUUUCAGUAUUUUGUGUGUUUUGAAAGAGCUGUUCAAAUGUUAUUUUUAUUUUAAUCUAUUAUGUAAUCAAUUUUAUCUAACAUUAUUUCAUAGGCUUUGUCCCUAUUGUGCAUGUCAAUAUUACAGCAGACACUAUUGCUUCAAUUACAAAUCUAUAUUCAUACAAAUUUAUCUUCAUUAUUUACAUUUAAAAAUCAAUUUAUUGAAGAGAAUAUAGUCUUCACCAUAUUUUUUUGUUGUUGUUGCCUUUUCACAUCUGCAUUAAUUCCACACAAUUUUGUUUCUAACCUCUAAAUGAACUUAAGUCUAGCUAUUUUCUUAGUGAUGGGGAUUUUUGUUUUCUGGUGUUGGGAAUUUUUCACUUUCAGUGUCAUUUAAUGUAUUUUUUUUUCUUUUCUGGUUUGAACAUUUAUAAUUUUCUUAGUAGUUUGUAAGACUGUGUAUAUAAUUGUAUUUUCUUCACCCACUUUCAAUUGGAUUUACUGCCAGGAUAGGAAUAUUUAUGUUGUGUCUGUGCAUCCCUUUCCUUAGUACACAAUGUUUAUUACUUGAUGUAAUCAGAAACAAAACAAAAUCUCUUAUAUAUAAGUAUAUAUAGAGGCUUAUACAUACAUAUAUAAAAUAUAUUUAUAUAUAUAUUCAUUAUUGAACACAAUUUUGUUUGUUUAGUGUAGAUAUUAUUCCUAAUGUUUUGUAUACAAGCUAUAUUUAACUGUUGUCUGCAUUCAAAUGUUUUUAUUUUGUCAUCAGUUUCUUCUGAAUAUUGUGCCUUUGUGUAGUUACAGCUUAGUUGUUCAUCAACUGGUUAGAGUGUGCAUUUAUACAUUGCAGUGGGAACAUGUCUUAUUCUGUCAUGGUUUCUAUUCAUCAGUUGUUUUUUUUUCCCUGUCAUUGUCUUCAGGAAAUAGUUAAAAAGUUCCAGGUAAACUGUGUGAUCCACAUCUCUUAAGCAAUAAACCUAUUGUCAAUGGUGGAAGUAUGCAGUCUCAUUGUCUACAGUUAAGAGCUUUGAUGUUACUUAUAUUUGGUCACUUAGCUAAAGGUGAUGUUCACAAGUUUGAACUAUGUUAUUGACUACUGACAUUUAUUUUUUUUAAUUUUUUAUUUUGCUUUCUAUUGCUUUUCAUACUAAACAGAUUUCAGCACCCCGAUAUAUAUAUAUAUAUUUUAAAUUUCUUUAUUGAACUCAUUGCUUGUAAAGUAAAUCACUAAGAGACCUGCAUAUAAAUGUAGCCACUUAAAAAGUUACUGAACAUACUUCAUUGCAGCCUGUACAUGAACUCAUCAUACCUAAUAGUAGUUUUGUAAAUGAAUCCUCUCCUUGUCAGUAUCAGUAAGGAAUUCAAUUGUCUCAUUGUAAGUAGGUCCAUUGCUUAACCAAUUGUAACAUUGCUGUAAUAAGGAAGCCAUUCCAGUUGUUUAUAUUUUUUUGAACUUACAUCUCUUGAGAUGAAUCUAAUGCAGGUCAUAAGUGAAACAUAAAUUAUGUACAGUGUUCAAAAUUGUAUUUUUCUUUAGGAUCUGCUGUAAUUUAAAUUCACUUGGAGUUCAAAAUUUUGUUUUUGUUGCAGUAGUUUACAUUUGACAAAGUUUGUUAGUUUCUAUACAGUAACAUUUGAUCUUGCACAACAGUUAAUCAUUGUAAGAAUCAUUGGCAUUGUAGAAUAAACCAUUAUCAUGGCCUUUAUGACCUGUAUUGAAUUCUUUCUUUUAAUGUAUGACAAGGUGUGGAAACUAACAGAUGAUUUGCUGGGUCAAAUUUCGUGUUUAAAAGCUUCUGGACUUUUUACCAUCUUCCUAUUUAAUAGAUAUGGAGCUUUCAUAAAAAAAAAAUUAAUGUAUUGUAAGUUUUAAAAUAGUUAAAUAUUAAGUAUAUAUAUGUAUACACACACACAUAUAUGAAGGAUUUUUUAAAUUUAUAUUUAGCCCUAGUCUUGUUCUUAACGGACAAAGUUACAACUCCAAUGAUUAGGUGAUUUUAUUUCCAGUGUCAUCUGUCGGUUAUCACACAGGAUGUCAUUGAAACCCUGAAAACUGAAGUCAUAUGCUGGCCUAUGCAAACGUGUACAUUUCUUUUAAAGUUUGUAAGUACAAUACCAGGCCCAAUUCUGUCUGAUAGUCCUUAAUGUAACUAGCACUGUAAAUAGAAUUUUUUUUUUUUUUUUUUUUUGCAAACUGUACAAAUGAAAAUAGCUUUAUUUUAAAUUUCCAGCAUAAACUGGAUUGGACCAGAUGAUUCUUGUAUUUGUCAGAUGUAAACAUUUCCCGCUUUUGUUGAAAUCAAUGUGAAUACACAUUUUUAAUGAGGGAAAUACUUCUUAUUGAUUCUAGCUUAUGGUUAUGAUAAUAGCUUUUGUAUGAGUGCAGGGUUUAUGGUCAUGAUUUUAUGUUUUAAGUACAUUUGAAAGUGGAGUCCAAAUAUCAACUUAGCCAUCCAGCUAGUGGGAGUCCUACCUAGUCAAGACAUCAAAACAUUCCAAGAGAUUAUAAUUAUACAUCUUUUUUUUAAAUUAAACACUUGUGUGCAUGUAAGGAACUACUAACUUAAAUAGCAAGCCUUUGAUUCAUCAAGAAAUGAAAGCAUUGAUAUUAACAAGUGCAUAAUAGAUGUAUCUGAAACUACUGUAAGACAUUUAGUGAGCUCAAUUUGUGUAAAUAAUAAGAGCUUCACUUUACUCAAAUCUUGUAUAAAGUUUCUGACUGCAACAUGUACAUCUUUAUAUGACAAUGUAAAUAAUAGAGUAGAUAACAAACUCUGGCCUAGUGUAAAAUAGAGUAUUUAUUAUUUUUUUUGUUGGAUUAUUGAGUCAAUUCUUGCACUGUUCAUAGUAUUGGACCACUUGUACAAUAAGUAACCAUCAAAUGUGAAUAGUUUCACUUCCAUCCACUUCUUUCAAUUUGUCAACUAAAAGAAAAAAAAAAACAGAUCUUGUAAAAAUUGUACAUCUCAACCACACACCAUUUGCCGUGUAUAAACAAAAAGUAUAUAUAUUAUAUAUUUAUAACUAUACUCUCAAUUAAUAUAUUUAAAGUGAAGCCAUUACAUAUUAAGAUGAGUAGAUGAUUAUAAAUACUGUACAUGUAUAAAGGAGCAGUUGUUACAUGGUGUUCACCAACCUUGUUAAUGUGAGUAGUGCAAGGUACCAACAGCUGGGCUGUCUUUUUUUGUUUGCAUUUCUGCCAUCUCUGUAUAUAACUGGUUCUAAUGUGCUAGUGAACAAUCUCUGAAUGUUUAAUGUGUGUGACAGGGUGCUGCACUCCUGUGGUUGUGACUCAUGGGAGAAGCUAAAGUAUUGACUUGUUGUCCUGGACUUGACCUCCCUGUCUUUACUCUCCUCAAAGUUACACAAAUGUAAAAUCAUGACCUGUUAGCUCGAAUACACAUUUUCUAAUAAGCUUUUUAGUUUUGGUAUGGCUUAACAUAUUAUUCAGACUAAAUUUUUUUUUCUUCAUGCAUUUAUGAAAACAAUUCAACCCCACAAAUGCUAACAAGUUAGUAUUGGGCAAGUCAUUGGAGGUAAUGAACUUUAUACCAGAGGAUUUAUUUUCAAUUUUGCAGACUUUUUUUUUUAUAGAAGCAUUUGAUUAAAUUGUAGUUUUGUUUUUAAAGAAGUACAGGUGCUUGACCAUGCACUUUAUUACUGGACUAACUGGUUUCACUGCUUCAUCAUUAGCAAUUUCACAAGCAGUGAAUUGUUGUUUUUAGUUUGCCAUGAAUCACUUUAUAAUAAUCAAAUUUGUUUAUAAGGCACACAAAUUGUUGCCAGUAAGAAUGAAUUUUUUUUUGAUGGUUUAAGCUCUUUGAUUAGUUUCUUUGUUAAAGUUUUCACGUUCAGUGUUAGUUUUGUUUUGGGUGCAACAUCUUCAUUCUGUGUCACUUCUCUAGGGACUUUUAUUCAGUAUCGUGUUAGGUUUGUUGUGUAGCCACCAUUUAGCUCUGAUCAAAGUUGUUAGAAAUCCACAAUUCUCCUGUAUGUCCAUCAUGUUUUGAGGUAUCUGUAAAACUAUCAAACACUUCAUACCCGACAAGGCAAAACAGUAUUGUAGGCAACUCUCUUGUGCUUUGUAUUGCCCUCUCUCCCUUCAAUAUAUGUACAUAACUGCGUGGGUUUUCUAGUUGCUCUAUAAUAUACUUGUAUACAUUAUUUUCCCUAAUGAAAAUAUCGCAUCAAAGAACACUUUGAACUUAUUAUAUGAGGUGUUUUUUUUUUUUUUUUAAAUUCCUAUAAAUUUUUCAGAUUGCACUGUUUUCAACCAAAUUCAUAUGGGACAACUCGUUGUGAACAUACUUUGUAUAGCAAGAUUCACAUUUGAUCAGAAUAAAAUGUUUUCAUAUGAA